CCAAGACGCGAGACGGCACGCUGGUGCCGACGCUCAGCUUCUGAGUUCUGGCUUCACCGCCAUCGCCGGACCCCAGCCGCACCUCUACAUACCGCAGUCCUCCUUCUCGUCACUAUGUCCUGGCCCGUUUCCCACUCCUGUCCGACUCCUCUCGUCGCUACCCACCGCUCGCUCGCGGCCGGCGCACCCCGCCGCCAGGCCCCCGGCUUGAGCCUUCUCUCCUUCUCGAAGCUGUCACCUCGCGCUGUCGCUCAAGCACAGCCCAUUCGCCGGCGGAUGUCUCCUCCUUGGCAGCGCUCUGCCCGAAUGCAUUCCUAUCCACGCCUCUCCCAGCUGGCAGCGAGGCUGACGCGUGGCUGUGCAGCUGCGCGACGCUGUGCUAAAUAUAGCGGGCCCGCUAGCCGCACCUGCCUCGAUCCGCCGGCAUCUUCCAUCCCAGCGCUGAUCCUCUGCCGUUCCUGCGUGCGCAGCAGCACGAGGAUGGGCCACGUGCGGCGCAGAUGCGAGGGAUCUGCGACGCUCCCUUGCCACCUGGCGAGCACCCAUGGAGCCCGAGGCGGCGACGCGGGGAAAGCAACGGACGUACGCGCUUCGCCCGAGGCAAAAUACUCCGGCGAGCCCGGCGCAAGGCACCCGUCGGCUUCGCCACCGCUGCUCCAAGGUCCGCCCGCCAUCCUUGCCGCCUCGACGGCGGCCAACGUCAGCCGCAGACGACCCUGCUGGGAGCAGCUGCGCAGCCGCAAGGGAGCGGACGUUUGCGUGCGCCGCGGCCAAGGCCGAAAGAGGGGCUCGCCCGCCCACUCUACCCUCGAAAGCUUCUUGGCCUUGUCAGCAGCGCCUUCUCCAGAGGCAGCGCCCGCACGUGGCAGCAGAUCGACUUCGAGAAUGCAGAGAACAGCGCGCCUGCCCGCGUUCUGUGAGGGUCAGCUUCACGAGCGACAACAUCCAGGCCCGAGGCUGUGCGGCGUCAGGAGCGAACCCAUCGCGCCGCUCGGCCUCUCGCACCUCCCCACUCUGUCCAUGCACGCUAGCAGCCCCAUGAAGGCUUCCACGGCGACAUUCUCCUUGGCUCGCUCGCAACGAGCUGCGGCCGGUGAUCUCGGCUGCACCGCUUGAGCGAGCGGCGUCGAGGCGAGGAGGAGCGCGGCUUGCUGAUCGCCGGCCAGCAGCGCUGCCCGCGUGGCCCCGCGUCGAGCGAG